GGGGGGACGGGAAGCGGAAGCCGAAGCCGAAGUCGAAGUCGUGGCGGAAGGCCUGGCGGCGACACCGACACCGCUGCUACUACUACCACCACUAGCGGCGGCUCAAGAUGUCGAUCGAAAUCGAGUCCUCCGACGUGAUCCGGCUCAUCAUGCAGUACCUGAAGGAGAACAGCCUCCACCGGGCGCUCGCCACCCUUCAGGAGGAGACCACCGUGUCCCUCAACACCGUGGACAGCAUUGAGAGCUUCGUGGCAGAUAUCAACAGCGGGCACUGGGACACGGUGCUGCAGGCAAUACAGUCUCUGAAACUGCCCGACAAGACCCUCAUUGAUCUCUAUGAACAGGUUGUGCUGGAGUUGAUCGAGCUCCGAGAACUGGGUGCUGCCAGGUCUCUUCUGAGACAAACAGAUCCCAUGAUCAUGCUGAAACAAACUCAGCCAGAGCGCUAUAUCCACCUCGAAAAUCUUCUGGCCAGAUCUUAUUUUGAUCCUCGUGAGGCAUACCCCGAUGGAAGUAGCAAAGAGAAACGGAGAGCUGCUAUCGCACAAGCUUUGGCUGGAGAAGUCAGUGUGGUACCUCCAUCUCGUCUUAUGGCAUUGUUGGGGCAGGCACUGAAGUGGCAGCAGCACCAGGGCCUGCUUCCUCCCGGUAUGACAAUUGACUUGUUCAGAGGCAAAGCAGCUGUGAAAGAUGUAGAAGAAGAAAAGUUCCCCACGCAGCUGAGCAGGCAUAUUAAGUUCGGGCAGAAGUCACAUGUGGAGUGUGCUCGAUUUUCUCCAGAUGGACAGUAUCUGGUUACUGGCUCUGUUGACGGCUUCAUUGAAGUAUGGAACUUCACUACUGGAAAGAUUAGGAAGGAUCUGAAGUACCAGGCACAAGAUAACUUCAUGAUGAUGGAUGAUGCAGUGCUGUGCAUGUGCUUCAGCAGAGAUACAGAAAUGCUGGCAACUGGAGCACAAGAUGGAAAGAUCAAGGUGUGGAAAAUCCAGAGUGGUCAGUGUCUGAGAAGAUUUGAACGAGCACACAGUAAAGGUGUUACGUGCCUCAGUUUCUCUAAAGACAGCAGCCAAAUUCUGAGUGCUUCUUUUGAUCAGACAAUCAGGAUUCAUGGUUUAAAAUCUGGGAAAACCCUGAAGGAAUUCCGUGGUCAUUCUUCCUUUGUCAAUGAAGCUACUUUUACCCAGGAUGGCCACUAUAUUAUCAGUGCAUCCUCUGACGGCACAGUGAAGGUUUGGAAUGUCAAGACAACAGAGUGUUCCAACACCUUCAAGUCUCUUGGUAGCACUGCUGGGACAGACAUUACUGUGAACAGUGUCAUUCUGCUGCCUAAAAACCCAGAACACUUCGUUGUUUGCAACAGAUCAAACACAGUCGUCAUCAUGAAUAUGCAAGGACAAAUUGUAAGAAGUUUUAGCUCUGGUAAGAGAGAAGGUGGUGACUUUGUCUGCUGUGCACUUUCACCUCGUGGUGAAUGGAUCUACUGUGUUGGUGAAGAUUUUGUGCUGUACUGCUUCAGCACAGUGACAGGCAAGCUGGAGAGAACUCUGACUGUCCAUGAAAAAGAUGUCAUUGGCAUUGCUCAUCACCCCCACCAGAACCUGAUUGCCACUUACAGUGAAGACGGCCUCCUCAAGCUCUGGAAGCCAUAGAUGGACUUUGCAGCGAGCUCUGAAGCAUGCCUGUUAGUUGCAGGUUACUAGUGUUUGUGCUUUAACACCGGUCUAAAUAUGCAGAGUGUGAUACUUACUCAAGUUUCAGUUCAGGUUUUCAGAGAACUACAUUUUUGCCUACCUAGAGUGGAUUGAUGCAUAGAUAUAGCAUCGCUUAAUUUGAUAUACUUUUAUUUUUACUAGAGUAGUUGAAGCAGCUUCGGUGACAAUGCUUUUUCUGUCUCCUGAAGUCUGUACUCCUCCUAUAAUGUUUGUAAAAGUUCUAUGAGACAGCAACUAUACACACUUCUGAGUGGUUGCUGACUUCUAGAAUACUUUCUAGAGUGCUUCUUUUUGAGUGAAAUGUGGAAUGGGGAAGUUGUCUCUUCCCCGCUGCUGAAACAGGAAUAGUUUCCUAGAGUGCAGAUGAGGAUACAGUAUCCUGAGCUUGAAGAUGGGGUCAUUUCUAGGCCAUUGGGUUUUGCUGUGUUCAGUUUUCACUAUCAGUUUUCCAAGUAUAUUGGAAAGUGGUGUCACACAGCUGCCUCAGAAUGAAACUAUCCUUCCCCAUCUGCCAGCACUUCUUACUGGAGAUUGUAAACCUGCCUAAUGUGGCAGUGAGAUACAGUUGAUUUUGUUUGGGGAUUUUUUUUGUUUUGUUUGUUUUCUUUUGUUUUACUUCAAGACUAAAAGGAGUUAUUACCGGGGCCCUCUUCCUGUAAGUGCAAAAUGUCUUCAGACCAGCUAGAACUGAAAUAGGCUCCAGGGGAUCAAUAUUUUAAAACAUGCAAAAGUUGGUUUACAUAGGCUGAGUUCCUAGUGCUGUGAUAAUGCUUUAAAUCAUUAUUUUUAAGUUUGUGGGUUUUUUUUUUUUAAUUUCAUAUGCCUGUGGACCUAGCUGAUGUUAUACUUAGGUCCCACAAGAUGGUAAAAAGAUACUUUCAGGCUCUUCAGUUUGGAGCACAUGAUUUUUUUGUUGAGAGAUUCUGACUAAUGUACACUGUUCUGAAUGUACAUCAGAAUCUUCUGAAGUCUGUGUCUUUUCUAGGAUGCAGAAAAAUGAGGCUUUUCCUGUAAUGAUGAAUCAAAUGCCUGUAGAUUUGAAUCUGCUGCACCGUGUUCUGUCCUCAUCUUGUAGAAUGCUUUCCUAUUGCAGUAAUGUUUUGAACAGUAAUAACUUGCCUUUGACUUAAUAAAUUAGUUCCACUUUAA